AUGAGGCAGUUUUGCUCCCAAGUAGUAGUAAUAAUACUAUUUCUGCUACAUGCUACGCGUGGAUUAGAGAUUGGGGUCAGCAAACUAUGGCUUUCAACCUCAAUUGUAGGUCGAGAGACCCUAAGUGACACGCAAUGGAUGAACUUGUACCAUGAUCUAAUAUUUGGAGAGGAAGAUGCUGACGAAGAAUAUGAUUUCAUCGAUGAUGGCGACGAAAACAAAUCUACCGAUUUAGAUUCGAGUAAUCAGGUGCAGAGUAUUAGAGAUCUUCUCUAUGUUAUUGCUGAACAUGAAGACUUUGCACCAUAUGACGAGAAAUAUAAUGAGACCUGUCUGAUAUUGAAUCACAAGAAAUAUUCUAAAAGUGAUGAUUCUUUCUAUUUCAAGACUUCUGAGCUAGAGGCACAAGCAGCGAUGGGUGAUUUCGAAUUGUUAGCAGAAAAUGAGAUUACUAUUGGUACAAACAGUAGUGCACCUAUUGUGAUACUUUAUGGUUGUGAAACGGACCUGGAGUUUGAUGAUUUCAACCGUAACUUGUUUAAUGAAGCAAAAUUCGGCAAAAUCAGAAUGGUUUGGAGACCAACCUGCGCUAUUGGCGAAAAGAGUACAUACGCUUAUUCAGAGACAAUCCCAGAGGCACUUUGGGGUAAGGAAGUAAAACUGGAAAAUAAAAUUGAUAUUGCUGGGAAAAAGCUCCCAACUGUUGCUAAAUUAGAGUUUUUGAAUCAGCAACAAUUAGAGAAGUUGGAUAUUAAGUUUACUGCAUUGUUGCUUCAAAAAUAUGAAGAAUUAAAUGAUUUUGAGAAGUUCUUUGAGUAUUUCAAAACAUUAGUUAGCAAUUUCCCUGCUAUAGCCCCUAUAAUUGCAUCCAAAUCUGAUAUUGAUACCGCUUCUGCCGAAGCCCUUUACAAUAAAUUUAAAGAGAGACAAAUAUCACACGAAUUAUUAGGUUUAUAUGUGAAUGGACAACAAUGGAGGUUAACUGAAUUAGAUGAAGUAACUCUUCCUAAAAUCAUUGCAGAAGAAUACACUAAAACUAACGAUUUGAAAGAGAAGUUACAAAACUUUGGCGACGUUAACUUGGAAAAGUUUCUAAGAUAUCUAACAGUGGGUUAUUCUUUUACAUCUUUCUUUGAUAAGAACAGGUACGACUUUUAUCGUGUUCCAGGGUUUUCAGAGGCAGUAAUAUUUUUUAAUGACUUUGAAAAGGAUAAGAUGUAUGAAAAAUUACCUGAUCAGAAUGAUGCAUUCUUAGGACCUUCAGACUUUGAACCAAUCCCGAAUAUUAGGCAAAAUUGGAACGAACUUAUCUUCAUUAUUAAUUUGGAUGAUCCACAAUCUUUUGAAGAACAUGGUGCAGUAAAUGCUUUUCUCGAGGCUCUUGAGCAGAUGAAAACAGGAUACCCUGUAAGAUUAGGUCUAAUUCCUUUUUCAGCACAACGCUCAAAUCAUGCCGUUAACCAACUAUACGAGCUUAAAUCAAAACCAGGAUCUCUUAAAAAGGUCAAAACCUACCUCAAAAAACUUGUUCGUAAACCUGAAAUUAUAACCAAAACUACAGAUGAAAAGUCCGAUCAAUGUAACGAUUUCUUAGAGAGAUUCAAAAUAUCUAAUACUGUUGUUGUUAUGAAUGGGGUAAUUUUACCCUUCCAACAGAAAGCAUGGAAAAUUCAUACAUCAAGAAUCCUCUUUGAUGAUAUAGAGUAUUUGAAAAGAGAAGUUCGUUCAAUGGCUAAAAGAAAUGAUCUAAGUGUAAGACAGAUCCUUCAUCAUAGGUCUUUGACUAUAAGAAACACAAAAUACUUACCUAAUCGUAUGCUUGAUGAAAGUUUUACCAGAAUUAACAAUGCUGCAUUAGGAGAGCUUGGUGAAAGGAUGAUAUUUUAUGCAGGAUCAAAGAAACCUUCACCAAUUCACACAGUAACUAUAGUAGAUGAUUUUAAUGCCGAGGGUGCCAUUCAAAAAUUGGAAGCUCUUCUCAAAAACAACCACAAAGGUGUUGCAAUAAGACUUGUCCAUAUGGGGGCUCUUACGAAGCAAUGGAAAAUCAUCAGGACUGAAUUUUCUUCAGGUCGGUUGCCAAAUAGGAAGUCGUAUAAUAAAAAUUGCGCUUUCCAAUCUGAAUCUUAUUUAAAUGAUUUGAAGUCAUGGCUACCGGAUGUUCCUAUCGAUGCUCUACGUAAACCAUUUGUGGUGAUUAAUGGUAAAUUUUUCAACACUGAUCAAGAUUUAUCAUCUGUAGAAUUAUGGCAUAAUAUUCUAGUACAGCACUCCUCUAAAACACUAGACACCCUAAAUACACUGUACCGUAUUGGAAACUUGGGCUCUUCAGAAGUUGAUACCUCACAUAUCGAAGAGUUAACAGCGUCAGUUAUAAAGUAUGUUUACCAUUCGGUUCUCGUUUUUGAUAAUGGAAUACCAUAUACCACCGAGGCAUCAUUGCCUCGUGUCAGUCUUUUUGAACUAGGAGAUCAAAUGAUUAAAAAGGCAGUAGAAUAUCCUGUCGUCAAUAUAACGCUUUUAUUAGAUCCUGCAGAGGAGAGAACCCAGAGAUUAUUAUAUUUAACAAGCUUGAUAAAGGAUUUGCCGUUUGUUAAAACUGAAUUUGCUUUAAUUCCUACUUCAAACUUAACAAUGAAUCCGAUAUACAGGUUUUAUAAUACAUCUGUUGAAACAAAGAAAGGAAGAUUUGAAUCUGAAAUAGAACACCCCCAUAACUUCAAAGCAGAUAGCGACUCCAUUAUUUUAGAAGCACACGUUUUCGAUGAAAAUGAUGAAGUAUCAGUGAAUAGCGUCGAAGGUGUUCCGAAUGUCUGUAUAAAACUUGUUGAUAGCGAAGGAAACGUGAUCGACAAGGCCAUAUCUAUGACAUCAUUCGGCUAUACUCAGUUAUCCAUUCCUCAUUUUAUGAGGGGAAUGACUAUACAGAGCUGUGAUUCAGAGUAUACAGUUACCUCUUUUUCUACUGCGGGAACCUCAAACUACAUUGAAAGUAAGCAGAUCGACGUAACAAAUACUUUACCAACGAAAGUGUAUGUCAAAGUUAAAAAGACAACGAACGAAAGUGCCGUUCUCGAUGAUUCCAAAGUCAACAUUAUGAUGGUAAUCCAUGAUGGCCAAGAAUCUUUAGCUGUUGCAAAGAUAGCCAAGAUCAAAAAGGAGUCACAAGAUAAGAUGAAGUUUUACAUUUUGGCAAAAAAUCCCAAACUGCUGGCUAAAAUGAUACCCAAGAGCACAGAUUACGAAUUAUUGAAUUAUGCUUGGCCAUUAUGGUUAAGACCUCAGCGUUUCUCAGAACAAGAAUUAGAAGCAAAAUCUAUUUUAUUAUUGGAUACAAUUUUACCAAAGAGCAUCCAGAAAUUAGUAUUCAUAUCUUUGAAGGAUGAUUCUUUGGACAAUAUAUCUUUGAAUGAUCUUUCAAAAUAUUCUGAGGGUGUCUUUUAUUUGAGAGAGGCAAAGACAGAACAUGAUUCUUAUUGGAAGUCAGGAUACUGGAAGACUUAUUUAGAGAAGUAUGAUCUUCCCUUCUAUAAUCUUUCCGCAUCAUAUGUUGUUAAUAUGCAGCAAUUGCGCAGACUUGAUGCUGCCUCUACUUUAAGAUUGCAUUAUCAUCUACUUUCCAAGAGUUUCACUUCUCUAAUGAAUUUCAAAUCAGAUUUAUUGAAUAGCAUUCAAUUGAAGAUCCCAAUAAUAUCAUUGAACAGUGUUUCGAAGCAAGGAAAUGCACAAGGGCUCGAACAUGAUGAAUUAUAA